AUGUCUGCCGAAGUGUCGCACGGCCGCGGUGGCGCCGGCAACUUCAAUGCCGAUGAUACCAAGUAUGAGGACGGCUCUAUCGUCCGUGUUGGAGAUGAGGGUAGCCAUGGAGACGGUGCCUACAGCGCUGGCCGCGGAGGAGCUGGCAACAUUGGUGAUGCUGGCGUCAAGGGGGCGGAGCGCAAGGACGCUGAUGUUAUCCCAGAGGCCGCCGUCCGCAACAGCAUCAACAUCAACCACCACACCGGCCGGGGUGGUGCCGGUAACGAGCAGCACGCUGCGUCCGAGGAGACGGCUGCUCCCGCCGAGAAGGCUGCUGGGACGCCCGCCUCGCCACGCGGCUUGGCCGACAAGCUCAAGAACAAGAUCUUUGGCGCCUUCAAGAAAUAG